AUGCUGCGGAGUAGCGGCAGAUGCCUGUUUUCAACGUUUGCCCUGAACCCCGAGACCUCCGCCGCUCCACACGGUCCCCCACGCGGCCUUAUCAAUCGAUAUGUUUCAAUGGGCCUCCCGCCGUGGGCGGCGUGGUGCAACAAAAUCAACCGUUAUUCGAUUUACCGCAUGAGUGGCGUGGCCCCACGCACCCUUUUGCCGAAGGCCCCGCAUGAAAUGGAUGUUAUUUGGCUUAAUGAGCGCGUCAGGGAGCGCGUGCGGACCUCACGGGCGGUCCAGAACGUCUAUCGGCAACUGAAGUAUCCUUACGUCAAGACGGGCAUUCACUACAGCGACGUGCUGGACCACUGGGUGCAGGUGCCCAUGGUGGAGGCGGCGAUGUUUGAGGUUGAGAAGGAAGGCGGGUUCGACAACUUUAUCCUGAAGCGGCCGGGGCCUGAGUUGCGCUCAACGUACGGGGAACGCAUCCGUCGACAUAUUUUAGUGCGGCAAAAGGAAAUUCAGAAGAAUUUUGUUUUAGCUCAGCAGGCGAAGCAGCUGGCGGAGGUCAUUUAUGAAGAGGUCCUCCCCUUGCAGGAUGAAGCCGCUGCGGAGCUCGUGUUGGCGAAGUACGGAAUUGAGAAGCAACAGUUUUUGGAGCAGAUGGCGCGUCUCGUCGUCGCGCGGGAAGGAAAGGCGAAUGCCGUAGAAGUGACAACGGAGGCUUCACCGUCGUGA